AUGGCUACUGAGGCCACCGGUGAGAAGCCUGUAGAUCCUCAGACUGCUACGCCCGCCGAUCCCGAACCUCAACAUGCCGACUCGGCCAGCGCGCCGCCCGCUGUGAACGGCACCGCCGCCUACAAUGCCCCCGACACGGACAAGAACAGGCAGAUCGCCGACAUCGUCGACGAUCUGGUCCACUCGGCCGAGGUCAGCGUGAGCGGCGGCUCGGAUACCGAAGCAUCUGCCUCCCGGGUCAAGCUCCUGCCCGACGGCCAUGCGCGCUCCUCCUCGACGGCCAAGAAGCCCUCGGGCUUCAAGUCCGUCUCGGUCAACAGGACCUUUCUCGGUGCAAAGAAUGCCGCAAACGCCACCUCCCGUUCCGAGUCCACAUCGCCCUCGGUUGCCCCAGCCGUGCCCUCUGCCGCCCCAGGUUCCUCCGGCUCCAAACUGAAGCUCGUGGCCAAGUCGGGCUCCAGCCUGGGCGGCUCGACCAAGACCCUCACCACCAACGGCAAGGCCCCGCCCGCCCCGGACGCCAGCUCCGUCUGGAACAAGAACCGACCUGUGCCCGUCCCCGAACCCAAGAAACUGUCGGACGAGGAGCUGAUGAGCAAAUACGGCAUUCACAUGGCAGACCGCCUUCGACCCGAGGACGACAAGGGCCAGUCCAAUUGGGCCGACAUCGACGACGACGAAGAAUGGGCGCCCGACACCAUAACGUGGACCGACGGGACCAAGAUCACCCUGCCCCAAGUUGACGAUAAUCCGCCCCUCGCUGCUCCUGCCGCCGUUCUCGCCACUUCCUCGCAACUACCUCCUCCCGCCGCCUCGAGCUCUUCGUCUGGACCACCCAAGAGCCUGGGUCAGGCCGAGAAGCCCAAGUCGCCUGCGCCCGUGCCGACGCCCGCGCCGGCGCCCGCACCCGCGCCCACGACUGGUGCCACGACCGGAAGUGCUCGAGCCUCGCCAUCGGUCAAGGCUGGUGUGCUCGCGUCUGGCAAGAGCCUUGUUCUCAAGGGCGCGCCAGAGAAGCCCACGCUAGUUGCCAAGGCUCCCGCGCCCCCCACGCCCGUCAAGUCCCCUUGGGCACCUCUACCGCCCAUCGAAAAGGCCUCGCCUGUGUUGAUGGAUCUGCCACUUCAUCAGCAACAGCCACCCCCGCCGACCCGUGGCUACCCUCCCCGAGACCCUUCGUUUGCCAACAGCGGCCCACCGCCCGCCAAAGAGAUUGCCGCCGACGACUUCACCAGAGCACCGUGGCGCGACGGCCAGCCGGGAGCUGGCGGCAACCGCGAGCUGUUCAACUCGCAGUCGGGCAGAUACGAACCCGUACAUGACCGCAGAGGCUCGCGACAUGAUCCGGCCCAUCGCCAACCCCACCUCCUCCAGCGCCCUUCGCUACAUGAGCAACAGGGCCCCGCCGAACCCUCCGCUGCCUUCCAGACGAGCAGAACGAGCCACGACGCCAUGCCCUACGGUCGCCGCCGCACGUCAUCCAACGUCAGUGGUGUCAGCGCCGGUUUUCUGCAGCGCCUACCCAGGCCCAGCGACACGCCGUCCCUCGAUGGCCAGCAGAGCAUGACCGGCCCCGGCCAACCCUCGCCCGCGCGCUCCCAACCAGCGCAGCCCUGGCAGGCCCGCCCUUCACCCGCCCAGACGCAUGCGGUGCCGCAGUUGCCGGUGCACGAUGUCCCGCCGGCGGCCCAGCUGGAGGAUGACAUUGAGCUCCAAAAGAAGCUGAUGCGGGAGCGCCGAGAACUGGCUAUCAAGCGCAGACUGGAGGAGGAGGCCCGUGAAGAGGCGGCCAAGCAGGAGCGUAUCCGUCUGAAGCUCGAGGCCAUGGGUCCGCCCCCCGAACGCAAGAGCAGCAAGAAGGAGGAGCCAAAGGAGGCUACCUACAAGCGCGAUGGCCCUCCUGCUGGCAUCUUCUCCAAGGAAGAUCUGGCUGCUGCCGCAGCCGAGCGCGCCCAGCCGCACCCGCCUGCCACCUCGCCCAACAAGCGGGAUGUCUCGCCAGCCAAGGCCGAGGCGCAAGCUAGUGACCCCAAACGGCCUGGGAAAGCAUCGCAACCCCAACGGCCGAGCCCGCCGCCCGGCGCGCAGCCUGCAGCAUCCUGGCCCGAUGCGGCUCCUCAGCCCGCGGAGCGUCUUGCUUCCUGGGGAGGGGGCAGCGCGCACUCGGGAUCCAGGAAUGUCUGGGCUGCCCCCGGGAACGAUCGGUCUCUGGGUAACGGCACAUUCAACGCCGACAUUGGUCAUCUAGCUGGCUCACAGCCGACGGAGCCGGCGAGCUUGACGGCCAGGCCGACACCCAUUGGGCCGCCCCGUAGCAUAUCGCAGAAUCAGACCCAACGAGCAGACCCGCCGCCUGGUCGCCUCCCGCCCAUUGGACCGCCGGCCGGCAGUCGUCCAGGCCCCAACCAGGCCCAGGCUUCCCCUGCACGUCGCAAUCUUUGGGCUACGGCGGAUAUCGCCGCCGACGACCGUGCUAUUCGCGAACGGAAAUUGCAGCAGCUGGGCGAACACAAGGCAAUCCUGGAGAGCCAGGGCGUCAACACCAACGAAGCUCAUCAACCGGUGAGAGACACCUGGCGCGGCGUCAACGUCGGACAGGAUGGAAAACGAGCUGCGGCUGAAGCCUUGACCACUGUCCAUGUCCCGUCCAGGGAGCAGCCCUCACAGCGGCAGGAUUACCGCCAGCACCAAGGUCCAGAUGGGGGUUACAACAACCGUCGUUCCCUUGUCGGUCCUGCGGGCACCGUUGCACCCGGCGGCCAGCCCGGCGCCCAACCACGUGCUGGCUCGCGCUUCUUCCCCCACGAAUCUCGGGAUAUCCGACAAGAAGAAACUCAACUUCCCUCGAGGUCCAAGUCCCCCACACCGCCUCCUCCGACGAUGGACGACCACCCCGCGUACGACGGUGAUGCGGGGCGUCCUCACGUUGCCCUCCCCCCAGCCCGGCCUGUCGUGAAACUGCCCCCGGCGAUGGCAGCGAGAAUCCAGCCCACUCAACAGCCGCCCGCUCCCAUUGCACCCUCGCGCCCUGCCUCAUUCGCCGCGGCGGUGGCUACGGUGCCUCGCCCUGCCGUCCCCGUGGCGGCUGCUCCACUGUCUAGCCGUGGGGUGAACUACGGCGGUAGCGUGCAGAAACCACACGAAAUCCGCAAGCAGGAGAACUGGCAGGAAAAGAUUAACAGUCUGGUCCGCAACUCCGGGGCGCCGGCCAAGCCGACAACGGUCGACUCAUCGAGCAAAUCUGCCUUUGAUGCUCAUACUAACCUGUCGGCCACGGUCUCGUUGCCGGCCCUGUCCCCGACAGGUUCCUCGACCAGCGAGAGCAGCAACAUGACGACCAAGGAGAUGGCCGAGGAGUGCUUUGACGAACAGGAGAUGGGGUCACUCCCGCAGGUCAGCCUGCCCAACGUUGCGCCGCGGGCGCUGUGGCCGUCGCGAGCGGUCGAGCCCAACUGGCACCCGCUGCAGGUCAAGCACCGCGUCGAUGCUGUGUCGUCGGAAUCGGUACGGUUCGCCUGGGAGACGCUCAACCACAAGAGCGUGUACCGCAUCUGCGCGCCCGGUAUGGGUGAGGCCAAGACGGUCUUGGCACCUUUUGGACCCCGAAAUAGAAGUAACCCAAAGCGACAGGGCCGUGGCGGACGACACGCCUCACGGGGUGGCCAACGCGGCGGCGGCAGCGGGGGCCGAGAUCCUGGAGACACGGCCACGACGUCAACGUCUGAACGCCCAGAGCGUGCAUCAUCCGGCCGGGGACGUGGUGGUAGUGGCUAUCGGGCGCGGUCCGAGAACUGGAAUAACCGCAACGCGUCGACACUGGCUCAGGCUACCCAAUCCUAA